AUGUCUUCCUCCAACUUGCACCUCCUCACUCAUUCUCACUCCGUUGUCGCCUCCAAGAAGAAAGCAAAGCGCAAUCAAGUCAAGGAAGUUGUUUUCGACGAACAUGCCAGACUAGAGUUCCUAACUGGUUUUCACAAACGCAAGGUAGCAAAAGCAGAAGCCGCCAGGAAAAAAGCAGCCGAACGCGAGAAACAAGAACGUCUAGAAACGCGACGCGAGCAACGGCGUAUGUUAAAGCAACAAGCCGCGGAGAAUGCCGCCCAGGUUGAGCAGGCUUACGGUGCUCUACUCCCUGAUGAUCCCGAAUGGAAGGGUAUCUCACAGACCCCGAACGAUUCUGAUCAAAUGGAACGGGAACAAGAGUUUGCUGACGAUGAAGUCCUCGCCACUGUCGCCAUCGUGGAAGAUUUUGACCCUGACGCCUUGUUACAUGGUCCCAAAGACGACGCUGAGAGACCCAAAUCUACGCUACCACCACCACCGCAGCCGCCGCAAACUACAACACGAGAGAAAAGAUAUAUAAAUAGUCAAAAGAAACCCAAGCCGAAGAAGAUACGAUACGAGACCAAGGAAGCUCGCAAAGCAGAAAGAUCGAAGCAGCGUGCACGGAGAACACAGAAAGCAGAGUUGGCUGGGGGGAAAGCAGGCAGAUUAAAAGGAAAGAAGACCAAACGGCAUUAA